UGUACUCAUUCCCACUUCCUUAGCGUUUCAAAUCGGUCGACAGUAAAAUGAAGAACCUUUUGGCAGCGUUCUUGGUAGUGGCACUAGUUGCUCUUCCCCAAUUGCCAGGAGUUACAGCUCCAAGCGUGGAACUUCUGUCCCAUUGUAUCGCCUGCCAGGACGAAUUCAGAGGCAAGUUGGUCUGCGCUUUCAUCAAUGGGUGCUACUUGGACAUAGAGUACUGCUCCAUGCUGGUCUUCAAUUGCGGACGCCAGCAGCACCACAAACACCUGUUCCUGGUGGUAAACGAGGGCAAGUGCCAGCCAACUCGGGGAUUCAAAUGCGAGACCAUGGACUUUUAAAUUUUGACACAUUAUUUAUUGAUGCAAUGAUGAUUACAUUUGAAGAGGUUAAUCUAAGUGAAAUGUGUGACAAUGUGCUUAAAUGUGAUUAAAACUUGACAAUGUGUCCGGUGAAA